AUGGAUUUUAACACGAAUCCGCAGCGUCCGAUUGCGAUCCAAGACGAGGGUCGGAUGUCGCAGGAAAAUCGGAUGCCGCACCCUCCUCAGAUCAACCGCGAAUCCGACGCCCGAACCUCUCCGGAUCAUGGGCAAGCUCAUGAUCAGAACAUGGGAGGGGUUGGCCCUAGCCAUGAGGGUAUGAAGCCGAUGAAGAGGGCGUGUAAUGAUUGUCGUCAGCAAAAGUUGCGUUGCGAUGUUGUGCAAUCCCCGUUUGCACCGUGUUCGCGCUGUCGCAAGUUGGGGAAGAAUUGCACAGUGGAUACGCUUUUCAAACGCGUCGGUAGACGAGAUAAAUAUUCUGAGAUGCAACGCGAGAUUGAGGAGUUGAGAUGGAAAUUGCGACGCGCGACUCAGGGAGCCCUUCCUAUGCCUCGCCAAGACCCUUCUAUUCUCUCUGCUGAAGAGGCAACUGGUUCUGUCAGAACGACGACUAAUCGGGAACUUGGCCAUUUCACUGUUUCUGGUGAACUUCUUGAUGAUUUGUUUAAGCAGUUCUUCACUCUUUACCAUCCGUUGCUACCAUUUCUUGACCCAAACCAAGGGCCAGACCACUACUUCAGACUUUCUCCGGUCCUGGGAUGGUCAAUUGUUAUGGUAGGAGGUCGACGAUUUGAAAGAGAACCUAGUCUGAGAUCUACACUCACUCCCGACUAUGUCAAGCUUCUAUGGUCAGCCAUUUCCGAACCACCGCAGCCUUAUCACAUUGUCAAGGCACUAUGCAUUGUCUGCUUUUGGCCUAUACCUACCGAUUCGCUUUCCAAAGAUGCCACGGCUCAGUUGAGUGCUUUGAUGAUGCAGAUUGCGCUUCAGAAUAUGUUGCAUCUUGAUCACAGGGCUCAAAUUCCUUUCCGGGGAGAGUUGUCGGAAGCGGAGCAAAGAGACAGAUUAAUGACCUGGGCAGCUUGCAAUAUUGUAGCACAAAGCACCUCCACAUACUUAGGCCUUCCCCCAAACACUGUUUACGAAGGUGUCCUUGGUUCGGAUUUCACGUUCCUCUCCCCACAUCAGAUUCCAGAUGAGCUUAUUGGUCAGCUCAAGGUGGCCCAGCUCUGUAAUACUUUUACAAAGGAAUUCUACUGUAACGAUAACCAGCCAAAUGGGCUGGUUGCGGAGUCUGAAAGAGCAAGUAUACUUGAAACAUUGAGAGCGCUCUACACGCGGUUAGAAAUAGGCUUAGCAGGUCACUUGUCAUUUAUUACUAAGUUGCACCUCGAUGCCACCAAUGUUCAUUUGAACGCAUUCGCAUUUCUCCUACCUCGCGGUACCGCAGCUUAUGAUGAAGGGCUACUUGACCUUUACAAAGCUAUCUGUGUAUUUCUACAAGGCGUCAUGGAUAACGAAACCUCUACUGGCACACUUCUAGAGCAUUGCAGUAGCUUCAUCGCUCACACUAUCUUCUCAUCUACAUUCGCUCUCGUCAAGCUGCUCAAUAGCUCGUUCGCCGGUAACGUUGACACUGAGCGCGGCAAGGCUUUGUUCAAUGGUAUCAUUCUCGCAGCACGAAAGAUGAGCGUUGAAAAGGAUGAUCUCGCAUCACGAGUUGGCACGAGAGUUCCUCUCCUUUGGCGUUCUGUCAGCACGGGUGGUCGAUGGUCUCCAACACAACCCGAUCCAUUGGACUUCCGUAUUCAAUUCCGGAUGAGCGUUAGCCACAUCUUCGAUUGCCACUGGGCGUUCCGGGAACAAUUGAAAAGUAAGGGAACUCCAGGUGCCACCGUCUCAAUGGAUGGCAAUGAAACUCCGGGUGAAGAUAGUGCAUCACACGCAGAAAAUAAUGGUCUCGUGAGCGGGUAUGCUGGAUUACCAUUUGCAGGACUUGAUCUUGAUACGAUUGAAAUGAUCAAUUCUUCAGAUUGGAACAUUGGUGAUUGGACUGGAUUGCCGGUUGCACCAUAUGGUUAUCAAAGUAUUCUGACUGCGUAG